CCAACAUUUCAGCCACCAAAACACCUCCGCCCCCAAUCUUUCAUCCGAUCUCUCUACUGCAUAUACUACUGUAACCCCCCCCUAAAAUCACGUGUCACCCCAGCCAUGCGGCCCUCCAUUUCAUCCCAUCAUCAUCUCGCCUCCAGCGCCUCAGCGCUUGGACCACCCACGCUACAGCACUACGCAACCACGCAACCACGCACUUCCCACGCUACGGGGUCAAAGCGCGCGGUCCCCGCGUUUAGGCUGUGAGUGGAGUAGAGUAGAGUGAAGGAGUCUAGUUUGUUCGCACAACGAACGGGACGACGACAGACAGGACAGGACGACGGCUUAGGCUUUGAGUGUGCGACAGCUUGACGAUCAGGACGACUUUAUACGACUUUUUUUUGAGGGUACGAGAGAGAGAAUUUGAGGGCUAGGAAGCCAUUGGAAAGACAGAGUUUUUUGGGGCCAAGAUUCGUUGGGUUUGGAGAUUGGGUUAGGAAACGACGGUGUCAGAUACAAGGUGUCAACCACGACCACAAGAACAGAAGAGCAUAGCUGAACGAACUACACGAAUACAACAGCAACAGCAACUCCGCCGGUGAUCGAGCAGCACACAAAUCCAUCCAUCCACCCAAACCACGCACCCACCAACCCACACCGAUUCGAUCGAAACCCACCCACCACACCGCGGCUUCGCCGCAACCACACACAUCAGAUGUCACGCCCCAUCCUCCACCGCGCCAGCACCAUGGACAGCGCGACCGCCAGCGGCAGCAGCGGGGACGCCUACACGCGGCGUCGCGAGGGCGAGUCUCCCUAUCUCGGGACCGCGAAUGGGCACCCUUCCUCCAGCCUGCCAUCGCGGGGGUUCGAGGACGACGGGAGAGGAGGAGGAGGAGAUGAUGCAGGAGGGGGGCAUUCGAGCUCCACGCCUCGCAGCGCGGGGUCGGCUGCUAGUCCUGCGCAGCCUGGGAGUGGGGGCCCGAGUGGUGGAGGGGGAGGCGGGGGAACGCAUUUGUCGGGGUUGAUGUGUAAUGUGCAUCGUACUACGGGGAGGGAGCCUCAUGCGCUUGUUGGGGCGACGACGACGAUAUUGGGGGAUAAAUUGUAUGUCUUUGGCGGGAAGAUACUUUCGCGUACGCGCGCGGCGUUGACGGCGGAUUUGUAUGAGUUGGAUCUCAUCAGGCGGCAUUGGACGAAGCUUGAGCCUUCGGGGGCGGCGGUGCCGCCGAGGUACUUUCAUAGUAUGUGUUCGGUCGGCGAUACGAAGUUGGUGUGUUAUGGUGGCAUGUCGCCUGCUACUGGUGCGAAUGGACAGCCCCUGCCACCGGCGCCGCCGCAGAAUGGACAGGAGGCGCAGCCGGAGGUGGUGGUCAUGUCUGAUAUUCAUAUCUAUGAUGCGCCGACUAAUACGUGGACGUAUGUCCCGACGUCUGAUACGCCGCAGGGGCGGUACGCGCAUUGUGCUACGAUCUUGCCUUCAGCGGCGUCCUUUGCGAAUGCGUCUUCUGCACCCUUGUCAGCUCUUCAGCAUAACCCCGCUGGGGAGAACCCUAAUCAGGGCGUGCUAGGUGUGCAUAUCGAUGGCACAGGCGGAGCUGAGAUGGUCGUUGUCGGCGGCCAAGACAGCGCAAACCACUACAUCGAGCAAAUCAGCGUCUUCAACCUCCGCUCCCUCUCCUGGACACGCACCCAACUCCUCGGAAAAAGCUGCGGCGCCUACCGCAGCGUCGUCGCCCCCGUCUCCGCCACCGUAGCCUCACGCAUCGGAAAGGGAAACUCCAAACCCGACACCACGCCCGGCCCAGACCGCGACACAGCAUCCUCGAUGCUCAUCUACAGUAACUACAACUUCCUCGACGUGAAACUGGAGCUCCAACUCCGCGGCUCCGACGGCUCUCUGGUCGAGAAACCCAUGUCCGGCGCCUUUACCCCUCCUGGCCUGCGCUUCCCCAACGGCGCGGUAAUCGCUAAUACCUUCGUGGUAAGCGGGACGUACCUCACCUCCUCCAAACAGGAAUACGCGCUCUGGGCCCUCGAUCUACCAUCCCUAACAUGGUCCCGCAUCGACGCCGGCGGCAACGUCUUCUCCACCGGCUCCUGGAACCGCGGCGUCCUCUGGUCGCGACGCUCUGCGUUCGUGGUGCUGGGUUCGAGGAAAAGGGCGCUGGUGGAUGAUUAUAACCACCGUCGUCUCAAUUUUAGCGAUGUUUGCGUGGUGGAGUUAGAGGCGUUCGGGUUGUAUGAGAAUCCCCGCCGUGCGUCCCCGUCGAGCUCUUAUGUCUCUGCUUCUGCUGCGCUACCUGCAUCUCGCCCUGGACCGUGGCAGCCAGGCGGACGCACUUUGAGCGCUGCGGCGGAAGAACUCGGCGCGCUGGCAAUGGCUGCCACAGAGGUGGCGGAUAUGGAUAUCCUCGCCGUAGGGGGUGAGCGCGUCCCCGUCAACUCGCGCCUCCUCGCUCGGCGAUGGGGUGCGUACAUCGAGACGCUCGAGCGCGAAGGCACAGCCGUGCAAGAAGGUGUUGAUGUCGCCACGCUCCGCGGCGGGGAAUCAGGUCGUCGUAUCAGCGGUUCCACCAUCACGGGGUCCGGCGGGGGAGGAAGGCCAAGGACGCUGUAUAUGCCUCAUACUGUCCUGACUAUCCAGGCGCUCGUUGCGUAUCUCUACUCUGGUAGUCUGCCGAGGGGGUGUACACCGCAGGUUUUAUGUAGUUUGUUGCAAGUCGCUAGACCGUAUCGCGUGGAGGGACUGCUGGAGGCGGUGGUGGAGGGGUUGCAUGGGGUGUUGGAUUCGAGGAAUGCGGCGGCGGUGUUUAAUGCUGCUGCUAUGGGGGCUGGUGGCGGGAGAGGUGUGGGAGAAGGGGGAGCGUGGGAGGAGGAGAGGGGUGGUGGUGGGGGUGGGGGAGGGGGAGGGAGGGAUGAUAGGGGCUGGGAUGGCGGGGAUGGGGGGAGCGAGGGGGGGAGUGGGAGUGAAGGCGGAGGCUGGGAUAGGGGGGGGAGGGAGGAGUGGAGGGGCGGGGUGAGCGCGGUUAUUGGGUUGCAGAAGAGGGGGUUGAGGGGGUUGAUGGAGGGGAGGAGGUUGAGGGAACGGGGGAUGAGUGCGGGGAGGCAGCAGCAGGAGGUGGGGUUGGGGAUUAGUUAG